ACGGCACAGCAUGGAGAGCGCUCGGGAUUACGCCGGCACCCUGGUGCGAUCUCUGGUAUCCAUGGGAACAUCUGUGGGGUCGGUGACGAGACAGACCCUAUUCCCUCCUCUCACACCUGCAGCCCGACCCUUCCGUGUAUCAAAUCAUGACCGCAGCAGUCGGAAAGGAGUUGUUGCAAGCAGUCUGCAGGAGCUUAUUAGCAAGGCCCUAGAUGCCUUGCUGAUUACUGCUGGACUGAUUACUCUAGUUUUGGAGGAAGAUGGCACAGUUGUGGAUACUGAAGAGUUCUUUCAAUCACUGGGAGAUAAUACUCACUUCCUUCUUCUAGAAAAAGGACAGAAGUGGACACAAGGAGAAAAUUAUAUCCUCACUGUACAACAGAAUAAGAAAAUGGGGGUAGCCAACAUUACUCUGGACUUGUACAAGCUGAAUCCAAAGGAUUUUAUUGGCUGUCUAAACAUUAGAGCUACUUUCUAUGAAAUCUACUCUGUGUCAUAUGACAUCAAAUGUAUGGGAGCAAAGACUGUGCUGCGGAGAAUGCUUCGGUUUGUGUCCCAUGUGGCACAAAUAACUGGGCAGUUUCUUCUCUACACUGGAUCUUAUGUGUUGCAGCUGAUGGGUGAAUAUGAGGAAGAUGGCAUGUGUACAAGCUCAAAGCACUAA